GUGAAAUCAGCGCAACAAAGGCUACCUGGAUGGAACGCCGGCGAGUCGGAUCCAGUGGACAUUUUUCAGUGGCGCUGACCAAAGUCGUUCAACAGAGUGCUUGGACCCAACAUAUUGCGGCCGCCAGAUGCCGCGCAGACCAACUACCACCCAUCCUGGAAUUGGCCAUCACCAACGAAACACGCUUCGUCGAUCAGGGCUAUCCAGGACUAAUGGGCGAAAAAGGUGAAAAAGGAGAUAUUGGUUGCUACGGGGAUC